UAACAUCAUCUUUACAAUCCUGACAAGAUUCCAAAAGAAUUUGUUCUGUUUUCCUUUUCAAAAGUUUUUCCUUCAAGACUUACAACAAGAAUAAAACUUAAAAACUAAGAAGUAUUUCAUAGUCUAAACUCCCAAUAAGUGAUUUUAGUUGAGCAAAAUUCCUAUAUGAUGGGUAGCUGCAAACAAGUAGAAGUGCUUCUAGAAGAUCGGACACCCCAUAAAUGGAUCAUUCCAUUAACAGAAGACAGUUUUCAAGGCUUCUUAACAAAGGGAAAUCAUGUAAUCCGUACAGUUUUUGGUGAUGGAUCAUUGUUUAGUCCUAUGUUGUUUGGGAAGUUUUUUGAUCCUUCUGAUGCUUUUCCUUUGUGGGAUUUUGAAGCUGAUGUUUUACUCUCUAUUUCACCAUCUUCUGGUCAAAAUAAGGUCGAUUGGAAUCGGAAUGAUAAGGAGUUUCUACUGAAAGCAGAGUUACCAGGAUCAGGAGAGCAUACAGUGCAGGUAUGUAUAGAGAAGGGAAAGAUUCUUGAGAUUAGUGGUUUAUGGAAGCAACAGGUUGAUUCAAAUGUAAAGAAUUGGAAAACGAAUCAUUGGUGGGAACAUGGAUUUGUUCGAAGAAUUGAAUUACCAGAAAAUGCAGACUGGAAAAAGAUAGAGUUGCAGUUGAUGUUUAAUUCUCUUUUUACCGCUAAUAUGGGUAAGAUUGCGGACAUCCUACUUUUGAACUCAGGCUAUGUGAAAAUUAAUUAAUCGUAUUGAGGUAAUGGAAUUAUUACAUUGUUGUAUGAUGCAAUCAUAAAUUAACUUAGUGAUUGGAGGAUUAUCUUUCACCCUUUGAUAAGGAUUUCAUGCUGAUCACCAACAAUAGAUUGAAUUAUUUCUCUUUUCUUAUUACUCGGCUGUACAGAUCCUUUGGCUUAUUCUUGAAUCAAAAAACAACAUUGGUAUUUAUUGCUAUCCUUUUCAUUGUGUCGUCACUUUUUAAUUAAAUUUUUCAUUUUGCCUCUGAUUAUUUCUCUUUAUAAAACAUUAUCUGUCAAGAAAUAACUCAACCAAGGAUAUGUUAUAUACUCUUGUCACACAAGAACCCUUUGGAACAGAAGGGUGAAGACAAAACGUGUCAUUCUCAUUUCUGGCGCUGCAUAUUCCACUAUAAAUGAGGGGUGAUUGAGAUUCAUACCGUGACCUCUUAUCACAUUGGCUUCUGAUAUCAUGUCAAAAAACAAACUCAACCAAAAACUUAAGUUGAUGGUUGAGGCCUCAG